AUUUUAUAGUCUUUUCCAAGAUUCUCUAUUAAUUCAUUAUUAAUUUACUAUUAAGAUUCUUUCUUAUUACGGUUAAGCUUUGCAAUCAGUCCCAAAAACGACGAGCAGCAACCACCAUGUCAGCCCCCGAGUCUCAAACAGCCAUGGAUGACACCGAGUUCGAGAAGACACUCCUGCAGCUGCGAUGUUUUGACACAAUGUUUCUCGUCGACGACUCAGAGGCUAUGCAGCCCUACUGGUCCGAGAUCAAGACACUGAUAGAGCGCAUUGCACCCAUCUGCGCCAAGCAUGAUCCAGACGGAGUCGAUCUGUACUUUGUCAACCACCGACCAGGCGGCGUCUUGGCCAAAUUGCCCGGAGUGCAGUCCAUCCGCAAGUCAGGCUACACGCACAUCGGCGGGUUUGUCGGCAACAUGCUCUUGACGAGCAAGGGAAAGCAGGUCGGCAGCAUCUUCGACAGCGUCAAGCCGGCUGGCAAGUGCAACAUGGGCGCCAGGCUCGGCGGCCUGCUCAAGUGGUACUGCGAUAAGUUCACGGCCGGAGAGGAGAAGGCUGCUCUCAACAUUGUCGUGCUCACAGCCGGCCAAUUCGACGAUGACAUCAAAACGCCCCUGAUCCAAGCUGCCAGGACUCUUGAUGAGGCCAAGGCACCGAUUCAUCAGGCUGGCGUUCAACUGUUCCGCCUGGGCGGGCCGCAUCUUGAGCGACAAAAGACACUACAGCACCUCGAUGAUGAGCUGCACAAAGAGGCUGGGACGCGAGACAUUGUCGAUACGGUGACUUGGAGUGGACAUGGCACAUCCAUGUCGGACGAUGAGCUGCUCAAGGUUGUGCUGGGCGCGGUUAUCAAGAAGAUUGACAUGCGUGCCUCUGAGUUGCACUUGGACGAAUUAGCCCCGACUGCACGCGCUGAGCGGGAGUUUGAUGAGGAAAAUGUAAUCUAACACUGAGGGAGACUGUUUUAUAUCCUUGGAGACAUUGUUGUAUCCCAACCGGCAUAUUUAAUGGCAAAGAUAUAUAAUGUCCUCUUGGUCAGUAUCCAUUUGGCCAAGGCCUGGGCCGGGGAUGGAUAGACAGAGCAUCAGAUGUUAUUGUGGGAAAGAAAAGAGCGCUUCAUUCACAGAGUCACUAUUGUUGAAUGGACAUUGGCAAGUCAU